GUCCACACACUUGGUCAAUAAACCUGAUUCGGAUUCGGAUUCAGAUCUCUCGUCCACACUCCACAUACACCUUUUAUUUUGAAAUCAAUUCAUUCUCGAUUUCCUGAAUUUGUCGUGCACUUGAUCUUCACUACAGUGUAGUUUGGGAUACGGUUCAGGAUUGUUUCUUUCUUCACUGCGUGACGUUGAAGAGGUUUCUUCAGUAAGAAGUGUCUGUCGUCGGAUGUGAUGGCUCUGAAAAGGAUUCAGAAGGAAUUACAGGACCUGCAGCGAGACCCUCCUUUACAAUGCUCAGCAGGACCAAUGGGAGAGGACUUGUUUCACUGGAAGGCUACAAUAAUGGGACCAGGUGACAGUCCGUAUCAGGGCGGUGUUUUCUUCCUGACUAUUCACUUCCCUACAAACUACCCAUUUAAACCACCAAGGGUUGCCUUCACAACAAAAAUCUACCAUCCAAACAUCAACAGUAACGGCAGCAUCUGUCUGGACAUCCUUCGCUCUAAUUGGAGUCCUGCGCUCACGGUGUCUAAAGUGUUGUUAUCCAUAUGCUCACUGCUGUGUGACCCCAACCCAGACGACCCUUUAGUUCCGGACAUCGCACACAUCUACAAAUCAGACAAAGACAAAUAUAACAGAAUGGCGCAAGAGUGGACUCAGCAAUAUGCUAUGUAGCUCCCUCUGAUUCCUCUCGCAGAAUUCUGAACGGUUGCACACGGACGAUUAAUGAGGAUGUGCUGUACCACCGUUCUCAAAAAACUGGUGGACUGACUUUUGGUCGUUUCCCCCCCCCCCAUUACAGAGGAAAUCCCGUUCGCUUUUCCGGUUACAGAAACACGAUGGAAGGUUAUCAGGCUACUGCUGAUGAGAGAAGCCACAACCAUAGUGAUAAAAUAGCAUUUGUUACUGGUACAUGUUUUUGGUUUUUUUCACGCUCUCUCCUUUUAGAUAUUUUAUUUCAUCAUAUUAAAGCCUGUUCUGGAGCUAUUUUUUAUUUUGAAUUAAAAACCUAACAGGAUCUUUUUUUGUGAUGCUGUGUGUGCACUAACAAGCAGGUUUUGUACUUUAAGAUUAUUAUUAAAGGUUUUACUGUGUGUUCGAGGUAUGUUGGUAUACUGUGAAGGAAUCUGGAAUAAUUAUUCUGUUCAUGUUAAACUAUACCAUACAUGACCCCUAGGGGAAAUAAAGAAAAGUGUUGUAAAACAAGGUUACCUUUUGGAAAAAGGUGAAAAUAAAAAUAAAACUGUAUUUGUACAUUG